UAUUUGUCUUGAAUAUCCUGCUACCAAGGCUAAAGAAAAAAAAGAUAUUUCUCAGAUCAAAGCUUCACAAGAUACUAUACUUUCAAAUCAUAAUGCUGAUAUAGUUGAAGUUCCUAUUAUAAAAGAACAAGAAGUCUUAGAACCUAUUUCUUAUCCAAAAAAUAGUACUUUGCAUAAUAAUUCACGAAAUAAUCUUGAAAUUAGCUCUGCUGAGAAUGAUUUAAUAUCUAACUCAGAAAUUAAACAGCAAACUUAA